AUGCAUUCGAAGAGUAAGCGAACAUUAGGUAACAUAUAAUUUAGAAAGAUAUAGGCCCAAUACAAAAAAUUAAUAAACCUUCUUUUGAUUUCCAGUCUGCGACUAAGGAACAUCAAGAAGUUGAGUAAAGAAUUAAAUAAGAAACUGACACUUAAGAUCCAAGGUAUUAUUAGACUUAUAAUAUAAAGGAAACUUGUAAUGAAUCUGUUGAAUGAUAGGGACAAUUUACAAACUAUAGAUGGGACUCUGACUAGUUCAUAAUUUGGGAUGAAGAAAAAGGUAAUUCUAAUAUGUAAAAUAAUAAUAGACAAACAUUCGUAUUAAUAGAUAAGUGAAAAGUUAAGUACCUUUAUUAACAAGUUAGAUAAAGAAUUUAACUUCACUUAAUUUUAAUCCACCAUCUUAAACAUUGAAAUAAGAUUUAGAUUCAUAAUUCAAUUCAAAAAGAUCUAAUUUCAUUCCUAAUUACAUUAAUUCAGGUAGAAAUUUUGAUGUGGAAGUAAAAGGAACAUUAGGAGAAGAAUUUACAGAAUUUUAGAUGUGUAAUUUUACAUUAUUUAUUAUUAUAGAUGAUGAUGAUUCAUAACCUGAAGACAUUCCAAAAAAUAAGAAUUUCUCUUAUGGUGGUAGAAUGGCUAAUAAAAAAUUAAAAGAUUAUGAUUGUUGGGAUGAAGAUAAAACUCCUGAAUAAUGGAUAGAAAUAUGUAAUAAAACUAAUCCACCUCAUGCCAGAUGUCCCCUUUUUGAUUAAUCAGAUAAAUAUAUAUGGACUGAUGUCGAAGUGCUUAGUUAUCAAAAUGGUCGAUAUUAAGUAAAAGUAUUAAGAAAUGGCAAAAUCAAAUGGAUAGGAAGACUUUCAUUACUAUUUUAUGCUGAAGACCCUAUUAAAUUUGAAUAACGUGUUGAAUUAUGUAAAUAAAGAUAAAGAAAUGCUGAUGAUGAAUAUAGAUUUCUUAAAUACAUAGAAUCAUUACCUGAUUCUAUGACAUCUAUUUUAUCUGAUGAAAUGCAAAAGAAAAUUGAUGAUUUCACAUUUUUUAGAGAAUUACCUUAUAUAAAUAAAGAAGAUCCAAGUAAAACUGCUCCUGGAUUUCCAUAAAUUUAAACUUUAAAAGAUGAAUCCAAAACCAUGAUCACUGAUCCUGAAAUUAAAAGAAAGUAAUUAUAAAACUUAGAUUUACUUAAAAAAGAUCUUGUAAGAUAAGUUGAGAAAGAGUACAUUAUGCUGAUGAAAAAAUGUUCUAUUCUUAAAGAUAUGGAAAUCAAUAAAAAUGAUAUUAAAUGGAUUCAACUUAGAAUUAGAAAUAGAUUUGAAUAAAUUAAGAAACCAUAUUAUGGAUUGUGUAAGCAAUUUGGAAGUGACACAAAAAUGAUUAUUUAUGAAUCAUAAGCAUAAUCAUCCAAAUCUUUUAACAAAGCAUAAGAUUAUUGGGCAUUUUUCAAUGUUAGAUAAACAAUCUCUAAUUUACAUUAUUCAAAAUUGACUGUUGUUGUUAAUACUCUUAAUGCUUUAACUGCACGAUCUUAAUUAUAUCAAAACUUCCCCUUACUUAAUGUCUUAUUAAAUCAUUAAUCACUUCCCAUGACAUUGUCUAAUUUUGAAAGUCAAUAAAAAUAACAUUAAGUCUAAGGAAGAUAAACUUUGUAAGUUUAAUGGAGAAGUACCAUAGUUGGAGAUAUAUAAGAUAAAUUAAGAGAAAAAUAUAGAUUUUAUUAAACAGAAACUGAAGAUUAUUUAGAUAGUGAUUUAUAAAAAUUAUUAAUCAGAAUAGAUUACAUGUUUACUAAUUACAUUAGAGAAAAUGUUGUUAAAUAAAAUUGUUAAGCAUGGGUUGAUUUUAUCAAAAAAUUUACAACUCCUAAAUAAGGAGAAUAUUGGAAAAUUAAUGACUAUCCACUUAUGAUUCUAAAUCUUGAAGUCAAUCUUAGUUUUAAGAAAGGAAAAAAAAAUGAAAAAAAAGUUAAAUAAGAUGACACUCCCUUAUUUGAAGAAGAUACUUCUAAUGCUAUUUAUUAUUCUCCUAAUUUAUAAGCUAUUUAAGCUGCUUUAUUAAAACCAUUAGAUUUAUUAUUAGAAUCAGUUAAUUCUUUUAAUCGUCUAGAAAAAGAUCUUGUUCCUUUAGUUGACAUAGAUUAAAAAAAGGAAGAAAAAGGACGAUUACGAGCUUAUGAAAUAGAAAAUGACAAUGAUUAAAUAUGGGUUAAAUGGGCAAGAGAUAAAAUAUUGGAAUACGUUGAGAUAGGAUUUCAAAAACCUAAUGAAAUGCUUUAACGUUUUAGAGAAUUUAGUUUUCUUUUAGAAAAACCCGUUUCUAGUAUAUUGAAGAGUUUAUUUGGAGAUAUUUAAAAGAAACCUAUUAUUACAUCUUUGGAUAAAGAUGAAAUUCAAAAAAAGUUAAAUGAUUUUAUCAAUGCUAAAUUAUAAAUAUAAAGAUUAUGUUUAGAUGAAAAGAAUGAACAAUUUUUUUAGAUUAGAACUAGAAUAGCAAAAGAAAAUUUGAUUUAGAAAUCAAAUGAAUUUGUUUCCUCCAUUUUGAAAUAAUGUUCUGAAAUAGUAACAGAUAACAUUAGUCGUCUUAGUGUAGAAUAUAAUGAUAUGAGUGAAAGAAUAACAAAAUAACCAAAAAAUGAAGCAGAAUUAGUUGAAUUAAAGACAUAUAUUGCUGAACAUGAGGUUAAUUUGGCUAAAAAAAAAUAAGAAGUAGAUUGUCUUUAUGAUUAUUUAACAAUCUUUGAAGAAAUGAACCAUACGUUUGAAGAUAAGAAUCUUUAUGAAUUUUGGAACUUGUAUAGUUUUCCACCUGAAAUAAAGAAUCAUGUAAUAGAAGGUUAAAGAAAAGCCAAUCUUUAGGAAUAAAAGUUCAUAGAGAAUUUAGAUAAUGAGAAGGAUAAGUUUUAAGGGGAAUUAAGAGAAUUAGCUGAAUUAUAUUUGUCAGUAUAGAAAUUUGAUGAUUAUACAAAAGCAAAAGAAAAUGCAACAGAAGUUAUGUUAUUAAAUGAACGAUUGUAGAAGGCUAAAGAGAAGGUAGAUUCUUUUAAUGAAAGAGAAAGAUUGUUUAAAUCUCCAGAAUCAGUAUAUGAUGAAUUAGAAUAGUUAAUUAAGAACUUUACGAUUUAUUAUAAUUUGUGGACUUAUUUCAUUGAAUUUGAAAUGGAAAAAGGUGAUUGGUGUACAGGAUCAUUUUUAAAAUUAAAUUUUACUGAAAUAGAUGCUAAAGUAAGAACAAAUUAAAGAAAUGUAAAUGUUUUGAUAAAAGCAUUUUCAGAUACAGGUGAUGAUACAGCUGCAGAAGUAGCUAGAAAGUUAAAGAGUUAGAUAGAUGAAUUUAAGGAAAAGUUAUGGUUGAUUGAAUUAUUAACUACGGAAGCAAUGAAAAUUAAAUUGAAUAUGUGGAAGGAUAUUUGGAAGAUAGUUGGAAUUGUAGAUUAAGAAACUAAUGAUGAUUUAUCAUUAGAUACACUUGUAUCACAUGGUUUAAUGAAUUAUAGAAGUGAUAUAGAGGAAGUAUCAAGAAGAGCAGAAAAGUAAUGGUAAAUUGAAAAGAAUUUAAAUUUAAUUCAAGAAAAAUUAAAAGAUUAAAAAGUUGAAAUGAUUCCAUACAAAAAGACUGGAACUUUUGUGUUAAAAUCACUUGAAGAAGUAGUCUAAUGUUUUGAUGAUCAAUUUAAUAUUUUAUUGAUGUUGAAAGCUUAACCAUAAAUAAAGGCUGUAUUACAUAAGGCAUAAGCUUUAGAAUAUAAAAUAGUAUUAAUUUAAGAUACUUUGGAUGGAUGGAUUAAAUGUUAAAGAGGUUGGAUGUAUUUAGAACCCAUCUUUACAUCAGAUGAUAUAAAAAAGAAAAUGCCAUAAGAAACAUUAAAAUUUUAGAAAGUGGAUUCACAUUGGAGAACUGUUAUGGAAUAAUUUAGUAAAGAACCAAAUUUAUGGGAUGGAGUGGAGAGUGAUAAAAUGAAAAAUGAAUUUGAUUAGGAUAAUAAAGCUUUAGAUUAGAUUUAAAAAUCACUUAGUGAAUAUUUAGAAACAAAACGUAAUUCAUUCCCAAGAUUUUACUUUUUGUCUGAUGAAGAAUUAUUAGAAAUUUUGGCAUAAACUAAAGAUCCUGAAACAGUAUAAAAGCAUAUUAAUAAAUGUUUUGAAGCAAUAAACUUAUUGGAAUUUGUAAAUGGUUAAGAAGUAGUAGCAAUGAUAUCAGCCGAAAAAGAGAAAGUACCUUUUUCAAAGGCAAUAAAUGUAAAUGAAGGAGAUAAGAAAGGUAAUGUUGAAAAAUGGUUAUGUGAAAUAGAAGCAGUUAUGAUUGAUACUUUAAAAAAAAUAAUGAAAGCAUCUCAUUUAGAUGUUGAUACUAAAAGAGUUGCUUGGGUUCGAAAAUGGCCAGCUUAGAUUGUUUUAGCUGUAAAUAUGAUUAGAUGGACUAGGGGUAGUGAAACAUCAAUUAAUGAUAAAGAUAAUGCUCAUGGUGGAUUAGCAGGAUUUUUAUAAUUAUUAAUAAAUGAAUUAAGAGAUAUAGUAGAUUUAGUUAGAUAAGAUUUAUCUCCUUUAGAAAGAUUAACAUUAGGUGCUUUAGUUGUCUUAGAUGUACAUGCUAGAGAUGUUAUUAGAUAAUUAGUUAAGAUUGGUUGUAAUGAUAUAAAUAAUUUUUAAUGGAUGGCAUAAUUAAGAUAUUAUUGGACUGAAUAAGUAAUGAAAUGUAAUGUGAAGAUGAUUAAUGCUGAUUUAUUAUAUGGAUAUGAAUAUUUAGGUAAUAGUAUGAGAUUGGUUAUAACACCAUUAACAGAUAGAUGUUAUCGUACUUUGAUGGGAGCAUUCCAUUUAUAAUAUGGAGGAGCACCAGAAGGUCCUGCAGGAACAGGUAAAACAGAAACUGUUAAAGAUUUAGCAAAGGCAUUGGCAGUUUAAUGUGUUGUAUUUAAUUGUUCUGAUGGUUUGAAUUAUUUAGCUAUGAGUAAGUUCUUUAAGGGAUUAGCAAGUUCAGGAGCUUGGUGUUGUUUUGAUGAAUUUAAUCGUAUUGAUUUAGAAGUCUUGUCAGUUAUUGCUUAAUAAGUACUUACUAUUUAAGAUGCUAUCAAAUAAAAGAGACCUGAAUUUGAAUUUGAAGGAACACCUAUUAAACUUAUUCCUUCAUGCGCUAUCAAUAUUACAAUGAAUCCUGGAUAUGCUGGAAGAUCUGAUUUACCAGAUAACUUGAAAGCACUUUUUAGACCAUGUGCUAUGAUGGUUCCAGAUUAUGCAUUAAUUUCAGAAAUCUAUUUAGCUUCUGUUGGAUUUUAAGAUGCAAAUAAUUUAGCUCGUAAAAUUGUUGCUUCUUUAAGAUUAUCCUCAGAAUAACUAUCUUCAUAAGAUCAUUAUGAUUUUGGUAUGAGAGCUUUAAAGGCAAUUUUAACAGCUGCAGGAAAUUUAAAAAGAGUCAUGAAUGAUAUUGAAGAUAUCAUUUGUUUAAGAGCAUUAAUGGAUGUCAAUAUUCCAAAAUUUACAAUAAAUGAUGUACCUCUAUUUAAUUCAAUUACAUCUGACCUAUUUCCAGGAAUUAAAUUGCCUGAAUAAGAUUAUGGAGCAUUAGAAACAGCACUUAAAAAUAUGGCUUAAGAGAUUAAUAUUCAAGCAGAAAAAGGAUUCAUUGAAAAAUGUAUUUAACUAUUUGAUACUAUAAAUGUUCGACAUGGUUUAAUGAUUGUAGGAUAAGCAUUUGCAGGCAAAUCAACAGUUUUGUAAUGUUUAGCUAAAGCAAUGUCCUCUUUAAAUAAAAUAUAAUCAUUUGUGAAUGUGAGUGUUCUUAAACUUAAUCCAAAAUCAAUUACUUCAGAUUAAUUAUAUGGUAAAUUAGAUCCAGAUACAAAAUCAUGGACUGAUGGAGUCAUAGCCAUUAUAAUGAGAUAAUGUGCAUAGGAUGCAGAAAUUGAAGAAAGAAAAUGGGUUGUAUUUGAUGGUCCUGUAGAUGCUGUUUGGAUUGAAAAUAUGAAUACCGUUUUGGAUGAUAAUAAGAAAUUAUGUUUAACAUCUGGUGAAAUUAUUAAAAUGACUAACUGGAUGACCAUGAUGUUUGAAGUUGAAGAUCUAUCUGUUGCAUCACCUGCCACUGUUAGUAGAUGUGGUAUGGUCUUUUUAGAAACAUAAUAAAUUGGGUGGUAUGCCUUAGUCAAAUCAUACAUACAAACUAUUCCUGAGAAAUUCAUUGAGCAUCAUUAUUUGGAUGAUCUAUUGAGAGUUUUGAUUGAUUGUUGUUAAGAAUGGUUAAGAAAAAAUGGUAAGUUUCCAAUUUAUAAGAGUGAAAUGACUUUAGUUAAAAAUAUGCUUCUAAUUUUACAAACUUACAUUUAGGAAUGGACAGAUAUGGAUGAGAAAGCAUAAUAAAAAUAAAUUAAUCAUAAUGAAGUUAAAGAAGUAAUAUCUAAAGCUAUACUAUUUUCUUGUGUUUGGAGUUUUGGAGCUGCCAUUGAUGAGGUGUGUAGAAAAUAAUUUAAUUAAUUUUUAAUUAAAUUAAUUUCAUCUGAAGAUGUUCAAGAAUCUUGUAAAUUGUAAUUACAAUAUAAAUUUUAACCAAUCACUAUAAAUGCUAAAUUACCAGAUAAAGCUAAUCUAUUUGACAUGGUCUAUGAUAGAUAGAAAAAUAAUUUUAUUAGUUGGACAUAAACUUAACCUCCUUUUAUAAUUCCUAAAGGAUGUGAUUACCAUGAUUUACUUAUUCCUACAAGCGAUUCUAUGAGAAAUAAUUACUUCUUACAUUUAUGUGUAAAAAAUAAAAUACAUCUCUUGGUUUCUGGACCUACUGGUACUGGUAAGACAUCAAAUAUUGUGAGUGAAAUUAAUAAGAACUAUUUUAAUACAGAAUAUACAAAUUUGAUAACUGCAUUUUCAGGUUAAACUUUAGUAAAUUAAGUUUAAAAAACAAUAGAAGCUAAAGUUAAUUCAAGAAGAAGAAAAGGAUAUUUUGGACCUGAAGAGGGAAAGAAGUUUAUAGUAAUUUUUAUUGAUGAUUUGAAUAUGCCUGCCAAAGAAAAGUAUGGUGCAUAACCACCUAUAGAAUUAUUAAGAUAAUGGAUGGAUACAGGAGGAUGGUAUGAUUUAGAAACUAAAGAACCUAAAUACUUACAAGGAAUUACAUUUAUUGCAAGUAUGUUACCUCCAACAGGAGGAAGAAAUGUUGUUAGUAUGAGAUAUUUAAGACAUUAUGUGUUAUUGUAUGUUGAACCAUUUGAAGGAGAUUCUUUAUAAAGAAUAUUCUAAAAUGUGUUAGAAUGGUAUUAUGCUAGACAAUCUAAUCCAUUUAUGAAAUCAAUAACAAAUCUUAGAGAUUAAACAGUGAAUGCUACUUUAGAUAUUUAUUAAUUAAUUUAAACUUGUAAAGAACUUUUACCUACUCCAGCUAAAUCUCAUUAUAUUUACAAUCUUAGAGAUAUUAGUAAAGUAUUUUAGGGAAUUUCAAAAGCUAUAAUAAAGUCUUUUAGAGAUGAGAAUGAUUUCAUAAAAUUAUGGGCUCAUGAAUGUUAACGUGUAUUUUAGGAUAGGUUGAUUAAUGAGGAUGAUUAAGGAACUUUUGAUAAGAUCUUAAAAGAAACAAUUUUGAAACAUUUCAAGAGAGAUUGGAAAUAAUUAGUAUAAAUAGAACCACUAUUAUGGGCAUCAUUUGUUCCUACAUUGUAUCCUGAAGAUGAUAGAUCAAAGAGACCAAUGACUGAUAUUUAUUGUGAAUUAACAGAUAGAGAAACACUUAAGAAAGUAUGUUAGGAAUAAUUGAAUGAAUAUAAUUCUUAAUAUACAAGUAAUAGAAUGGAGUUAGUAUUAUUUAUGAAUGCAAUUCAACAUGUAUUAAAAAUAGUACGUGUUGUUAAUACUACAUUUGGUCAUGCUUUAUUAGUUGGUGUAGGAGGUUCAGGUAGAAAGAGUUUGGCUUAAUUAGCUUCAUUCAUAGCCUUCCAAAAUGAAACCUUAUAGGUAGACUCAAGAAAUUGGAUAGAAGAAUUAUAGAAAGUAAUGAAGAUGGGAGGAAUAGAUUAAAAAGAGAUUGUGUUUAUGUAUUCAGAUACAUAGAUUAUUAAGGAAUCAAUGGUUGAAGAUAUUUGUAAUAUCUUGAAUAAUGGUGAAGUGCCAAAUCUAUUUCCUGCAGAAGAGAAAGGUAAGAUCAUUGAGGAAAUGAGUAGUUAUACUUCUGGUACACCAAAUGAGAAAUACAGUUAUUUUGUUAGGUAAUGUAAAAAGAAUUUGCAUCUUGUGAUUUGCAUGUCACCUGUUGGAGAAGCAUUUAGAAGAAGAUUACGUACUUUUCCAGCUUUGGUUAAUUGCACAACUAUAGAUUGGUUUUUACCAUGGCCAGAAGAAGCACUUAGAUCAACUGCAGAUGCUGUAUUUACAAGAGAUAUGAAUAUUACGGAUACUAAAUUAAGAUAAGGAUUGGUUAAUAUUGCUGUUGAUAUGUAGAUGAGAGUAUCUGAUUUAACUAAAAGAUAUUAUAAUGAAUUAAGAAGAUAUUAUUAUGUAACACCUACUUCUUAUUUGGAAUUACUUAACACAUUUAAGAGACUAAAAUCUGAUAGAGAUUAAAAUAUGAUUAAAAUGAUAUCUCGUUAUGAAGCAGGUGUUGAUAAAAUUAUUAUUACUGAAAGUGAAGUUAGCAAAAUGCAAAAAGAAUUAGAAGACUUACAACCUAAAUUAGAAUAAGCUACUAAAGAUAAUAGCAUAAUGUUGAUUAAUUUAUAAAAGAAAUAAAAAGAAGCAGAUGCUAAAAAAUAAAUUUGUCAAUAAGAGGAAAAAGAUUGUAAUGUUUAAAGAGAUGCAGCNUGAAAUCAAUAACAAGUCUUAGAGAUUAAACAGUGAAUGCUACUUUAGAUAUUUAUUAAUUAAUUCAAACUUGUAAAGAACUUUUACCUACUCCUGCUAAAUCUCAUUAUAUUUACAAUCUUAGAGAUAUUAGCAAAGUAUUUUAGGGAAUUUCAAAAGGUAUAAUAAAGUCUUUCAGAGAUGAGAAUGAUUUUAUUAAAUUAUGGGCUCAUGAAUGUCAACGUGUAUUUUAGGAUAGGUUGAUUAAUGAAGAUGAUUAAGGAACUUUUGAUAAGAUCUUAAAAGAAACAAUUUUAAAACAUUUCAAGAGAGAUUGGAAAUAAUUAGUAUAAAUAGAACCAUUAUUAUGGGCAUCAUUUGUUCCUACAUUGUAUCCUGAAGAUGAUAGAACAAAGAGACCAAUGACUGAUAUUUAUUGUGAAUUAACAGAUAGAGAAACACUUAAGAAAGUAUGUUAGGAAUAACUGAAUGAAUAUAAUUCUUAAUAUACAAGUAAUAGAAUGGAGUUAGUAUUAUUUAUGAAUGCGAUCCAACAUGUAUUAAAAAUAGUACGUGUUGUUAAUACUACAUUUGGUCAUGCUUUAUUAGUUGGUGUAGGAGGUUCAGGUAGAAAGAGUUUGGCUUAAUUAGCUUCAUUCAUAGCCUUCCAAAAUGAAACCUUAUAGGUAGACUCAAGGAAUUGGAUAGAAGAAUUAUAGAAGGUAAUGAAAAUGGGAGGAAUAGAUUAAAAAGAGAUUGUGUUUAUGUAUUCAGAUACAUAGAUUAUUAAAGAAUCAAUGGUUGAAGAUAUUUGUAAUAUCUUGAAUAAUGGUGAAGUGCCAAAUCUAUUUCCUGCAGAAGAGAAAGGUAAGAUCAUUGAGGAAAUGAGUAGUUAUACUUCUGGUACACCAAAUGAGAAAUACAGUUAUUUUGUUAGGUAAUGUAAAAAGAAUUUGCAUCUUGUGAUUUGCAUGUCACCUGUUGGAGAAGCAUUUAGAAGAAGAUUACGUACUUUUCCAGCUUUGGUUAAUUGCACAACUAUAGAUUGGUUUUUACCAUGGCCAGAAGAAGCCCUUAGAUCAACUGCAGAUGCUGUAUUUACAAGAGAUAUGAAUAUUACUGAUACUAAAUUAAGAUAAGGAUUGGUUAAUAUUGCUGUUGAUAUGUAGAUGAGAGUAUCUGAUUUAACUAAAAGAUAUUAUAAUGAAUUAAGAAGAUAUUAUUAUGUAACACCUACUUCUUAUUUGGAAUUACUUAACACAUUUAAGAGACUAAAAUCUGAUAGAGAUUAAAAUAUGAUUAAAAUGAUAUCUCGUUAUGAAGCAGGUGUUGAUAAAAUUAUUAUUACUGAAAGUGAAGUUAGCAAAAUGCAAAAAGAAUUAGAAGACUUACAACCUAAAUUAGAAUAAGCUACUAAAGAUAAUAGCAUAAUGUUGAUUAAUUUAUAAAAGAAAUAAAAAGAAGCAGAUGCUAAAAAAUAAAUUUGUCAAUAAGAGGAAAAAGAUUGUAAUGUUUAAAGAGAUGCAGCAAAUGCCUUAAGAAACGAUUGUUAAAAUGACCUUGAUAAAGUGUUACCAAUUUUAGCUCAAGCUGCAGAGGCUUUAGAAAAAAUUGAUAAGAAUGAUAUGGUUUAAUUGAAAUCAUUCCCUAAGCCUCCUCCUUCUGCAGCUAUUGUAAUGGAAGGUUUAUGUUACAUUUUUUAAGAAGAUCAAAAUGUACCAUGGAAACCUAAAGAACCUGGUUCAAUGGAAAAAAUACAAGAUUUUUGGGAGUAUUCAAAAAAGAAUUUAUUAAAUGAUAAAUUAAUUAAAAGAAUNNCAACAUGUAUUAAAAAUAGUACGUGUUGUUAAUACUACAUUUGGUCAUGCUUUAUUAGUUGGUGUAGGAGGUUCAGGUAGAAAGAGUUUGGCUUAAUUAGCUUCAUUCAUAGCCUUCCAAAAUGAAACCUUAUAGGUAGACUCAAGAAAUUGGAUAGAAGAAUUAUAGAAAGUAAUGAAGAUGGGAGGAAUAGAUUAAAAAGAGAUUGUGUUUAUGUAUUCAGAUACAUAGAUUAUUAAGGAAUCAAUGGUUGAAGAUAUUUGUAAUAUCUUGAAUAAUGGUGAAGUGCCAAAUCUAUUUCCUGCAGAAGAGAAAGGUAAGAUCAUUGAGGAAAUGAGUAGUUAUACUUCUGGUACACCAAAUGAGAAAUACAGUUAUUUUGUUAGGUAAUGUAAAAAGAAUUUGCAUCUUGUGAUUUGCAUGUCACCUGUUGGAGAAGCAUUUAGAAGAAGAUUGCGUACUUUUCCAGCUUUGGUUAAUUGCACAACUAUAGAUUGGUUUUUACCAUGGCCAGAAGAAGCACUUAGAUCAACUGCAGAUGCUGUAUUUACAAGAGAUAUGAAUAUUACGGAUACUAAAUUAAGAUAAGGAUUGGUUAAUAUUGCUGUUGAUAUGUAGAUGAGAGUAUCUGAUUUAACUAAAAGAUAUUAUAAUGAAUUAAGAAGAUAUUAUUAUGUAACACCCACUUCUUAUUUGGAAUUACUUAACACAUUUAAGAGACUAAAAUCUGAUAGAGAUUAAAAUAUGAUUAAAAUGAUAUCUCGUUAUGAAGCAGGUGUUGAUAAAAUUAUUAUUACUGAAAGUGAAGUUAGCAAAAUGCAAAAAGAAUUAGAAGACUUACAACCUAAAUUAGAAUAAGCUACUAAAGAUAAUAGCAUAAUGUUGAUUAAUUUAUAAAAGAAAUAAAAAGAAGCAGAUGCUAAAAAAUAAAUUUGUCAAUAAGAGGAAAAAGAUUGUAAUGUUUAAAGAGAUGCAGCCAAUGCCUUAAGAAAUGAUUGUUAAAAUGAUCUCGAUAAAGUGUUACCCAUUUUGGCUUAAGCUGCCGAGGCUUUGGAAAAAAUUGAUAAGAAUGAUAUGGUCUAAUUAAAAUCAUUCCCUAAACCACCUCCUUCUGCGGCUAUUGUAAUGGAAGGUUUAUGUUACAUUUUUUAGGAAGAUUAAAAUGUACCAUGGAAACCAAAAGAACCUGGUUCAAUGGAAAAAAUACAAGAUUUUUGGGAGUAUUCAAAAAAGAAUUUAUUAAAUGAUAAAUUAAUUAAAAGAAUCAAAGAUUUUAGAGAUGAUGCAAUCAGAUAAAUUCCUUAAGCUAAAAUAAAUAAAUUAAAAGCAUUUUCAUAAAAUCCAUUAUUUUAGAAGGAUAAAGUAUUUAAUGCAUCUGUUGCUGCAGGUAAUUUAAGUUUAUGGGUUCGUGCUGUUGUAGAAACUUAUGAUGCUUUAUUAGUUGUUGAUCCUAAGAGAUAAUAAUUGUUAGAAGCAGAAGCUAAAUUAAAAGAAGCUGAAGAGACUUUGAGAGUGAAAUAAGAAGCAUUACAAGAAGUGCUUGAUAUUUUGGCUAAAUUAGAAGCUGAUUAUAAUAAAGCCAAAUAAGAAAAAGAAGAUUUAGAGGCUAAAGUUAAUAAAUGCAAGAUUUAAUUGAGUAGAGCAGAGAAAUUAAUUACUGAAUUAGGUGGAGAGAAAGAGAGUUGGAAGAAGAAAGCUGCUGAUUUUAGAGUUGAUUCUAAAACAAUAGUUGGGGAUUGUAUAUUAUCAUCAGGAAUUGUUGCAUAUUUAGGUGCAUUUCCUAUUGCUUAUAGAGAUGAUACAAUAAAAGCUUGGUAAGGUUUAUUAACUAAAUUAAAUUUGGAAUAUGAUCCAGAUUAUUCAUUAUAAAAAAUUCUAUGUGAUCCAAUCACAAUGGGAUAGUGGACAAAUGUCUAAAAGUUACCAAAUGAUUCAUUUUCAAUUGAUAAUGCUAUUAUCUUAAAAAAUUCUACAAGAUGGCCAUUGAUGAUUGACCCAUAAACAUAAGCUAAUACAUGGGUUAAACAUAUGGAAUUGAAACAUGGAGAAAAUUAAUCAUUAGUUAUUGUGAGGCCAACAUAAUCUUAAAAUAUAUUAUCAAAGACUUUGGAAAGUGCAUUAUAAUUUGGAUAGAGUGUUUUGUUAGAAAAUGUAGGAGAGAGUAUAGAUGCCAUAUUUGAAUCGAUUUUAUAAUAAAAGAUUAUCAAACAAGGUUCUGCUUACAAAUUAAAAUUUGGAGAUAAAAUGGUUGAUUAUUCAAAAGAUUUUAAAUUCUAUAUGACAACAAAGUUAGCUAGACCUCAUUAUCCACCUGAAAUAUGUGUAAAAGUCACAAUGUUAAAUUUCUAAGUAACUUAAGAGGGAUUGGAAGAUUAAAUGUUAAAUAUUGUUGUAAAAAUAGAGGAACCAGCUAAAGAUGAAUAAAGACAAAGAAAUAUAAAAGAAUUCUUUGAAAAUAAGAAUAAAUAAAAGAUGACAGAAGAUAAUAUUUUAUAAUUAUUAUAAGAAUCGAAAGGAAAUUUAUUGGAUGAUGAAGUUUUGAUAGAUACUCUCUAAAGAUCUAAAGCAGAAUCAAUAACUAUUUAGGAUAAAUUAAAGAAAUAAGAGUAGGAUAGAGAACAGUUUAAUUAAAUUCGUAAUUUCUAUCGAGAAGUGGCAAAGAGAGUGGCUAAUUUAUAUUUUGUAGUUUUGGAUCUUUCUUUGAUUGAACCUACUUAUUAAUGGUCUUUAGAAUUUUACAUUAUUUUGUUUGAAAGAGCAAUCAGAGAAUCAAUUUAAGGAAAAGAGAAUAGAAGUAAAAAUAUAAUAGAUAAAUUUUAAAUUUCUUUAUAUGAGAGUAUAUGUAGAUCUCUAUUGGAGAAAGAUAAAUUGAUAUUCUCAUUUUUGAUGACAAUGAAAGUAAUGUAAAGUGAUGGUAAGAUUACUCCUUAGGAAAUUCGUUUUACAAUGGUAGGUGGAACUUAUACAGACCCAACGUAUAAUUAACCAUAAGCAGAAUGGAUUUCAAAGAAGAUGUGGUGUUUAAUAACUGAAGCAGCUGAUGUUUUGGCUUGUUUCAAAGGAUUACCAGAAUCUAUUACAAAGAAUUUAGAGGUUUGGCAAGAGAUAUAUGACAGUUCAGAACCUUAGACAUAAAAAUUACCAGAACCAUGGGCUACAUCUUUAUCUACUUUUUAAAAAUUGAUAAUUUUAAGAAUAAUUAGAGCAGAUAAAUUUGCAAAUGCAACUUAGAAUCUUAUUAUUACAGAAAUGGGUAAAUAAUUUAUGGAUCCUCCUCCAUUCAAUUUGGAAUAUGCAUAUAAAGAUGCAGAUGCAUUUACACCAUUAAUUUUUAUUUUAUCACCAGGUGCAGAUCCUCGUUUAGAAAUUUAGAGUUUAGCUGAUAAAUUUGGAUUUAGAUAAAACUUUAUUCCACUUUCAUUGGGUUAAGGUUAAGGAGAAAUUGCAACAAAUGCCAUAAAAGGAGCUGUCAAAGAUGGAAAAUGGGUAUUAUUAUAGAAUUGUCAUCUUGCUCCAUCAUUUAUGCCAGAAUUAGAGAGAAUUCAUGAAUAAGAGAUAUGUGCUAAACCUGAUGUUAAUACAGAUUUUAGAAUAUGGUUAACAUCAAUGCCAUCUAAUGUAUUUCCUGUUACUCUAUUAAUGAAAGGAAUUAAAAUGACUUAUGAACCACCAAGAGGAUUAAAAAAUAAUAUGCUUAGAAAUUUUUCAUCAAUUGAUGCUAAGAGUUUUGAAUAAUGCAAGAAACCAGUUGAAUGGAAAAAAUUAUUUUUUGGAUUAAACUUUUUCCAUGCUGUUUGUUUAGAAAGACGUAAGUAUGGACCUCUAGGUUGGAAUAUUCCAUAUGAAUUUACUUCAGCAGAUUUGGCAAUUUCUGUUUCUCAAUUGAAAAAUUUCCUAGACACAUUUGAAGAUAUUCCAUGGGAGGCUCUUAAUUAUAUGGUUGCAGAAGCAAAUUAUGGAGGAAGAGUUACAGAUCCUAAGGAUAGAAGAUUGAUUGCCAUUUUACUUAAAUAAUUCUAUACAACUGAUGUUUUAUAAAUUGAUAAACAUAAGUUAAGUCCAAGUGGUACCUAUUACAUUCCUCCAAAUGGAGUUUUAGAGGAUUAUAAAGAGUAUAUAAGAAAUUUACCAUUGAAUGAUUAAACUGAAGUUUUUGGAUUACAUGACAAUGCAGAAAUAUCAUCAGCAAUUAUUGAAACAAACUUCAUAACAUCAACUAUAUUAUCAUUGCUUCCUAGAUCAACUGGAGGUGCUGGAUCAUCUGCAGAAGAUCUUAUAAAAGAAAAAUGCAAGCAAAUUCUGUCUAAAUUGCCUAAAAGAUUCAAUGUAGAAGAGGCUGCUCGUAAACAUCCAGUUUAAUACAAUUAGAGUAUGAAUACUGUGUUGUAAUAAGAAUUGAUUAGAUUCAAUAAAUUAUUAUAAGCUGUUACAUAAUCUUUGAUUGAUUUAGGCAAGGCAAUAGAUGGUUUAGUUGUGAUGAGUGCAGAUCUAGAAUAAGUGUUUAAUAAAGUAUUUGAUAAUUAAGUCCCUGAUGUUUGGCAUAAAGUAGCUUAUCCUUCACUUAAACCCUUAGGAUCUUGGAUAAAUGAUUUUAUUGAUAGAUUGCAUUUUAUGCAAUUAUGGAUAGAUAAUGGUGCACCACCAACUUUUUGGGUUUCUGGAUUCUUUUUCACAUAGUCCUUUUUAACAGGAACACUUUAAAACUUUGCUAGAAAGGUAUAAUCAUAAUUAAUUGAUAGUACUAAAUUCCUAUUGAUACAUUAUCUUUUGAAUUCAUUGUGAUACCACCUUCAUCAUAAGAAUAUGAUUUAACUAAGCCUCCUGAUGAUGGUUGUUAUGUUUAUGGAUUAUUCCUUGAUGGAGCUAGAUGGGAUGAAGAAAAUAGAUGUCUUAAUGAGAGUUUACCAAAAAUUCUACAAUAUUCAGUUCCCUAUCUCUGGCUAUUACCAAGUGAAGAAAAGAAGGAUUGGGAUGCUGAUACAUCUGUAAAAUAUUAUCAUUUAGUUUUCAUUAGGUUUAUGAAUGCCCUGUUUAUAAGACUUCUAGAAGAGCAGGAACACUUUCAACUACUGGUCACUCUACCAAUUUUGUUAUUUCUGUGUAUUUACCUAUUUCACCUGAUCAUCAUCCCUAUCAUUGGGUCAAAAGAGGUGUGGCAAUAUUAUGCUAGACAGAUGAUUGA